AUGUCUAGUUUUGGUAAUUCUUCGGAAUGUGCAUAUACUCAGCAGGAAGGAAGAAAGGAGGAUGGUCUGAAGAAGCCCCAAAGCAAUUUGGCCACUAUUGAUUAUGUGCGAUCUGGAACUGAUCGAGUUACGUUGAGGGACGUGUCAAAUCAAAGUCAUCUUGCGUUGGAGGUGUUUCUGGGCCCUAUAUACAGCCUAUUAGAAUUUAAUCUCAAAUGCCAGCAAGCAAUAAGUGAAAAAAAUGGCUUUAUCCGAGUACAUCGUCCUGAAUCCGAAUAUCCUUCAUAA